UAUCAGCCUUCCCAACGGCAAACCCUACCUCUCUUUAAAACCCUACCUCCGUCGCCGGCCGUCUCCACCGCCUCGCUUCCCUUGCGCCUCCUCUGACGCCCCGCCGACUCCUAUUCAACUUCCGCCCUCCAGCACCGCUGCCGCCUCAUUAUCUGUGGGUUCCAACUUGGUGUCGUGGGAGAAAGUUGUACCAUGAUGGAACAAGCAUCUUCUGUAGCUCAGAGUGAUGCUAGUGCUAAUGCUCCUGAUGCUGCUAGUUCCAUUCUUUCACCUUCUGAAAAUGCAGCUAGUCUUGCUCUUGGCGGCAUAGCUAAUACAGGAGAAAUAGUUUCUUCAGCAAGUGGAGUGAAUGCAGACCCUGGGCGUGCUCAUGUGGCACCGGAAAAUGUUUCCGAGCAAGAAAUCCAUACUGCAGUGGCAUAUGAUGCUGGUGAAAAUUUUACUGGUCUUGCAAACUUGUCAGCAAAUUCAACUCAAGUUUCUGAUUAUGAUGCUUCACUGAAUGGCAAUGAUGUUAGUACGAUCAGGGAUGGAUCAGCUGGUAUUAUUUCUGAAAAUGGGAUUGCUUCAGCUGAUGCUAUGGAAACUGCUGCUAUGCAUCAGCCUUCCGAUGGCCCUGCCCUCAGUGCAGAAGAAGAAAGGUUAUGGAGCAUAGUAACAACUAAUUCUCUGGACUUUGAUGCUUGGACUGCCUUAAUUGAUGAAACAGAGAGAACAUCGGAGGGAAAUAUUUCAAAGAUUCGAAAAGUUUAUGAUACAUUUUUGGCGGAAUUUCCUCUAUGCUAUGGCUACUGGAAGAAGUAUGCUGAUCACGAGGCACGUGUCAGCCCUGUGGACAAAGUUGCCGAAGUUUAUGAACGAGCUGUUCAAGGAGUUACCUACUCUGUGGACAUGUGGUUGCAUUAUUGUGUCUUCGCUAUUGGCACUUUUGGAGAUCCUGACACUAUUAGAAGGCUAUUUGAACGAGCCUUAGCUUAUGUUGGAACAGAUUAUCUGUGCUUUCCACUCUGGGAUAAAUACAUAGAGUAUGAAAUUUCACAACAAGAUUGGUCCCAUGUUGCCACAAUUUAUACAAGGGUGUUAGAGAUUCCAAAUCAGCAGCUGGAUCGUUAUUUUGAAGGGUUUAAAGAGUUGGUCGCUAGCCGUCCUCUGUCUGAGUUGCGAACAGUUGAGGAAGCAGCAGCUGUUGCUGACGCAAAUUCUGAAGAUAAUGUUGAAGAGAUUCCUCCCAAUGCUGCAGAGCAAUCAUCGAAGUUUGCAAAUGAUAGCUUAAAAGAUGCUGAGGACUUGGAGAAGUACAUUGCUAUUAGGGAAGAGAUUUAUAAGAAAGCUAAAGAGUUUGAUUCUAAGAUCAUUGGUUUUGAAACAGCGAUCAGGAGGCCCUAUUUCCAUGUGAGGCCUCUCAAUGUUGCGGAGCUUGAAAAUUGGCAUAAUUAUCUUGAUUUUACAGAAGGUGGAGAUGACUUCAAUAAGGUUGUUAAGCUCUAUGAAAGGUGUUUAAUAGCGUGUGCUAGAUACCCAGAAUUCUGGAUACGUUAUGUCCUGUGCAUGGAAGCUAGUGGUAGUAUGGAGAUUGUAGAAAAUGCACUUGCUCGUGCUACUCAAGUAUUUGUCAAGAGGCAGCCAGAGAUCCAUCUUUUUGCUGCUCAAUUUAAAGAACAGCAUGGUGACAUUUCGGGAGCACGAGCUGCUUAUCAACAUGUUCACACUGGGAUUGCACCUGGUCUUCUAGAGGCAAUAAUAAAGCAUGCAAACAUGGAAAACCGACUUGGGAAGUUGGAAGAUGCUUGUUCUUUGUAUGAGCAGGCAAUUGCUAUCGAGAAGGGAAAGGAACAUUCACAAGCUUUAUCUUUGUUGUUCGCUCAGUACUCACGUUUCAUAUUCUUGGUUUCUCGCAAUGUUGAAAAGGCAAGAGACAUUCUUGUUCGAGGUGUGGAGAGUGCGCCACUGUCAAAACCACUGCUGGAGGCAAUGAUACACUUAGAGUCAAUUCAGACUCUUCCAAAGCAAAUAGAAUAUCUAGAUUCGUUGGUUGAGAAAUUUAUUGUUCCUAGUCCUGAGAACCCUAGUAUUGCAAGUGUUGAUGACCGGGAGGAGCUGUCAAGCAUUUUCUUGGAGUUCCUGGAUCUCUUUGGAGAUGCUAUGUCUGUUAAGAAGGCAGAUUAUAGACAUUCAAAAUUGUUCUUGAACCGUAGAAGCACGGCAGAUUCAAAGAAACGUCAUGCUGAGGAGUUUUUAGCUUCAGAUAGAACAAAACUUGCAAAAUCACUUGUUUCGACUUCUGCACCCUCUGUGAUGGGUGCGUAUCCUAGUUCACAAACUCAGUGGCCUGCAGGUUAUGGUGUACAACCUCAAGCUUGGCCUCAAGCCGCACAAACUCAGGCACAGCAGUGGAAUUAUGCACAACAGGCUGCAUAUGGCAGUUAUGGAGCAAAUUAUGCACAUCCACAGGCAUCUGUUUCAGUUCCUCAAAGUACGGCAUAUGGAACUUAUCCUCAGACCUACCAAGCGCAGGCCUUUCCCAAUGCACAGCCUGCUGUAGCUGCAGCUCCGGUCCAGCAAACUCCCGCUGCCCCCUCCGCUGCAUAUUACUCUGGUUAUUACUAAGGGAGCAUUGGAUAGGUCCAAUUUUGUAAGUCGGUUGUAAGAUGUAAGGACCGAUACACGCUGUAAGAUAUAAGUGACCGAUACGAUGAGUUUUUUGUGUGCUAUGGAUGGGGGGUUUAGCUUACACUUUUAGACGACGAGCUCAUUGUAAUAUCGAUUACUUUCUCUUCAGAUACUUACGUGCAGAAGAUUGAUUUCCAUUUACAAUUUAACUACUUUUCUGGCUA